UGUGUGUGUGUGUUUUGUCCUUCAGUGUUGUUGGAGCUCCACGCGACCCCCUCGGUUGUCCGGUCAGCUCGUGAUCCUCAGUUAGCUAAACGUUAACGACAGCACAUUACCAACAGCUUUAACGGCCGCUGCUAAACCGAGUCCCGCUGCCUGUCUGUGUGUGUGUGUGUCUGUGUGUGGGGUCGCACGCUCUCUCUCUCUCUCUCUCUCUCUCCCCCCCCCAUCACACCGUUCAUCAGCCGUUACAACCGCCACACGCGCUCACACACACACACACACACACACCGCCAUCCUGAGUGUGACACACGGCCGGUUAGCUAGCAGGCUAACUAACGUUGCUUCCCACUAAACGGCGACGUUGUCGUUGUUUAAAUUUUGUGUUUUCGUACAGCGCGGACGUGAUUAUCGUUGAAAUAACGGAUUAUCUUCAUCUCUCCUCGGCUGACCGGGAGCCGCCAUGGAAUGCCGUGUUCUGUCCAUACAGAGCCAUGUAGUCCGGGGAUAUGUGGGCAACAAGAGCGCCUCUUUCCCAUUACAGGUUUUAGGGUUUGAGGUGGACUCCAUUAACUCCGUGCAGUUCUCCAACCAUACAGGUUAUUCCCAUUGGAAAGGCCAGGUGUUGACAGCAGAUGAGCUCCAUGUUCUUUAUGAAGGAAUCAAACUGAACAACGUACACCACUAUGACUAUGUUUUAACAGGGUAUACCAGAGACACAUCCUUCUUGGAGAUGGUGGUGGACAUUGUUCAGGAGUUAAAGAGAGCCAACCCCAACCUGGUGUAUGUGUGUGACCCCGUCCUUGGUGAUCAUGGAUCUAUGUAUGUUCCUCAGAAUCUUUAUCCGGUCUAUAAGAACAAGGUGGUUCCUGUUGCUGACAUUAUUACUCCAAACCAGUUUGAGGCUGAAUUAUUGACAGGGAAAAACAUCAGCACGGAGAAAGAUGCCGUAGAGGUCAUGGACCUUCUCCAUGCUAUGGGCCCAGACACAGUGGUCAUCACCUCCUCCGAUCUGCCCUCCAGACUGGGAGACCGCUUCCUGGUGUCGCUGGGAAGCCAGCGUCAUGUUCGUCCAGACGGCAGCAGGACAACACAGAGAGUUCGAAUAGAAGUUCCCAAAGUGGACGCUGUCUUCGUAGGAACCGGAGAUUUGUUUGCUGCUAUGCUGCUAGCGUGGACACACCACUACCCUAACGACCUAAAGACGGCCUGUGAGAAGACUUUCUCAGUGAUGCACCAUGUUAUCCAGAGGACCAUAUCUUAUGCUCAUGAGCUAGCAGGUCCUGGCCGGAGGCCCAGUCCACCCCAGCUGGAGCUGAGGAUGGUUCAAAGUAAAGCUGACAUAGAAGACCCUGCUAUAGUUACGGAGGCCACGGUCAUAUCCUAACAUUACUGAUCCAUAAGACUCAUACUAACCUUAUCCUCUUCACCCAUAAAUCUCUCAAAUCCUGUAUCUCGGUGAAUCUCUCAUCACUGUAAACCUUGAUUGUCAUUUCCUAACUUCAACACCUCUUCAUCCAGACUCCUUAAAACCCUUAGUAUUGUAACCCCUUUAGUCCUUUCACCCUAAACCCUCUUUAACUCCUCAGUGUCCUGACCUCGUAAACUGAACCCUUAACCUGUAACUCCUACUCCCCUUGACCCUAACCCUGUUUUGGAACCAGAGCCAUGGAUAAACAGAAGGUUUGCUCUGGUUUAACUGUGGCGGCCUCUCGCUGCCUCUUCUCUAACAGAGUGUGUGAGUGAAAUGUAUGGCUGCUUUAUCUGUAGGGUUUAAGUGUUCUCACAAAUAUGUGAUAUAGGAUUUUAAAAAACAAAACAAGAAAAAAAUCUGAAAAUGGGUGUUGUAGGGAUGAUUGUACAGUUAUAAGAAAAGCCUGGUCAUUAUCAUGACACAGAAAUUGAGAGCUGUUAAAUUCAGAUUUGGGCAAAAAUGAUGACAUAUUUGUCAUAGGAAAGGUGGAGUAGGUGUUUGUGCAGUACUGCUACUGCUGUUAUUACUCUGGUGUUAUGUAACUUUUCAGUGGAGAGGGAAAAGUUGGGAGUGAAAACAGAAACUGUGAGCAGGGAGCAAGAAUAAAACUCAAUGAGAGGGAGAGCUGCUCUCAGAAGUGUUUUUUUCCUACUGUGAAUUCACAUUUGAAAAUAUCUGUCAGUAUUUACUGUGAUAAUACUCAUAAAAACAGGGAAACUUCCAUCUUGAAAAAUUGAUAGUGAAUUGAUUCCAGUUAUUGACUGUUACAGUAUCUAAAAACUUCUCCCAAACUCUACCUGUAAACUAUGAAAGAUAAACUUUCCUGCUUAAUUGCUCUAUUACUGCCGCACAGCUCACACACUCCUCCACACCAGCUGCCAGCUAACGGGAUUGCAUUGGUGGCAUUGUAAAACUGUAAUGAUCGAACACUGUUUAUCUGUGGCUCUGCUCACCACUAUUUCGACCCCCUCCCUGUCUUACAGCAGUGAUGUAAUGGUGACCAAGUCUAACCCUCGAGACCCCCUGACAAUAAUAACAAAGGAAAAAAAAAAAACGCACAAUGUAUAGUUGAUGUAUAGAUGUUGUACUAUAACUGUAUUGGACCAUCUGUAUGAUAUCUUCUAUCUGAUCUGUCUAUUGGACCAUUGUGUUGAUGCUACUGUACUAUAGACCACAUGCACUACAAUAUCACCCACACAAGAGACACCUGGGCUGGUUCUGGCACUCUGGGAGGCUCCAGUGGCUCCAGUCGUUGUCACUCGUUAGUAAUUGGUAACUGUCUUAUAGUCAUAGUAAAUAGUUGAUCUCUGCCAAUCUUUCAUCUCAACCUAGAGAAAAAUGGGCAACCUGAGCUGUCUGAGCUGUCCCCGGCCAGUUCUACUUACGUUAGACCAAUCAGAAAUCGGCACCUCAGUGCCAGAACCAGCCCACAUCAUGCCGGGCGGUACCCAGCCCAGCUCUGGCCCAGAACCCUAUAUCUGAGAGUUGUGCCACUGAAUUAACUGGAGGCCUCGUGAAGUUGUAAACCCCCCUCGUCACAGCAGGAGACUUCCCCUAUUUGCCAGUAGCAGCUCUGCAAAUGUUUGUUGUAGAAAAUGUAUUUUUGGUUCAUGUCACACUCCACUGUGGUCACAGCAACAGAAAUGAUGCCAGUAGGAUGAGUUUCCCUUUGAUGCCAGGACUUAAAUUUUUAAAUUAUAUAUAUAUAUAAAAGACAAAUUUGUGAAAAAUGCCUGUCACUAUUUCUCUGAGCCUGAGGUGACAUCACCAACAAAUAGUCCAAAACAAAACCUAUUCAGUUCACAGUGAUAUAAACCAGGAAAGCCUCAUAUUUUAGUACCAACAAAUGAUUUUAACGAUUAACCGAUUAUUUUUUUAAUUUUAAAAAGUGUUAAUAUCUGAAGUAUUGUUUUGACAGAACUAGUACUGAUCUACUACUACUAGUAGAUCAGAACACAUUUUUAACACUGGCUCUAAAGUUUUGAUUUCAGAUAAUCAAACCUUACACACAACACUCUCUGUUUUCUGACACAUACCAUCCUGAUCAAACACAGUCUUCUAAAUGGCUGUCAUGGUCUGUUUCUCACAGUGGAGUAUGACAGGAAAGAGGUGAUGAGAACAUGACAUGCGACAGUGGUAAUGAGCCGGUUUCAAGCCAAUGAUGUCGCAAGAACUUGGCAUGUGCCUUAGCCCGCUGAGCUACCAGGGCACCACAGGAAAUGAGGUUUUAAUGAGAUUUUAACAUUUAAGUUUCCUCAGAAUUUUUUUUUCCCCUCGUUGUUUCCUGAUUUGAAUGUUCAGUAAUCUUUUAACAACAGGAAACAGCAACAGUUUCAGCUGACCUCGCUUGGCAACAGAAACAACAGUUUUGGAAACCAAAUAACCAGAGGCUCAGAAAAAAAAAGAAAAAAAAAGCAGAAGAAAAAAAGCCAAAUGCCAUCAGUGUCCCACCUGAGCUGGAUGUAAGGUUCUGGGCAGGCCAGUGUAAUUCUGUACUGCUGUUGUUUCUCUAUGGACUGUACUGUGAUACUGCCUUAGGAACCUAACAUCAUAACAUCACAAUACUGCUCACUGAGGGAGAGGUGGAGAGGGAGGAGGAGGGGGAAGGAAGGAAACAUGAGAUGUCUUAAAUGUUGGUCCAUCUGACUGCACAUUUCUGUUCUGCAGUGCGCCUGAAAUGAGCAAGAGUUGAGAUUGCAUAUGCUUAGGUUUUCUGUUUGAAUCGAUACAAAAAUCUUUUUAGGACUGCAAGUAAUGUUUUAUUUUAGCUAUCUAUUAAAAUGAUUUGAUUAUUUUUUCAGUUAGCCAAUUAGUUGUUUGGUUUAUAAAUCCACAGAAAAAAACGAUUUUUUUCAACCAGCAAUUCAGUACCCAAAGAUAUUCAGACAUGCAAUGAUGUAAGACAAUGAAAAGCAGCAGAUCUUCACUUUUGAGAAGCUGGUACCAGCAAGUUUCUGACAGUUUUGCUCGAUAAAUGACUUUAUCAAGUCAUUAACACGUCUCUUAAUUUUCUCUAACUGAUUUAUAAAUUGUGCGCUAAAAUGUUUCCAUUUGUUUUCGACAUUUUAACUUUAUAGACCAGGUCUUCUUGGACUAAUGGUGGGGGAAAAAACACAGUCUAAUUCUUAAAAUUGUAAUAGUUAAUAAUGAUUUGUAUAGUACAGUUAUAUUGUGCCACUGUAGCACUGAUUGUCAUAUCAAUAACAGACGGCUGUGUCUGUGCGCUUGGCAAACCAGUUUUCAAGUCUGCUAUAAUCAACAUGUGCACUAUCCAAUCCUGUGCUCUCUGCUAACAGACCAGUCAGCCGUAUUAUUGGGUCAAAAUGUGUCUACCUGUUGUGUCCGUGCGUGCUGUGUGUGAGAGAGUGUAUGUACAUGUGUAUAUAUAAAUGUCCUUUAUGGUCACAGGGUUUUGUGUGUAUGUGUGCGCAUGUGAAAUGAGACGAAAUCCCUGAAAAGUAAAACCAACACAGAAGGGGGGGGGGUUAAAAAAAAAAAAAGAUGGGAAUAGUGAUAGCGUACAUGAGGAGGGGAGGUGAGGGGAGGUAUGUUCAAGAGGACAAUCAUUCUGUGAUGUUACGCAGUGUUGCACCACUCCCAUUCCCCUUAUCUGCUAAACAAACAGGACUGUUUUAGUUCUGGACUUAUUGAGAGGGGGACUUUCCUUGAUUCCUCACGUCUCCUCUUACUCUUCCUCCCCCUCCACCCAUCCACGUCCAAAUAUAUCUGUCCACCAGCCCACUCGCCUCCCUGCAGUGCCAGGUUGUUGUGUCUGUACCGCUAGUUUUUAAACCUUAGCCUCGCACUAUGUGUGCUUGUGUGUUAGAUUGUUAUACUGUACCCCAAUUUCGUCCUAUCUCUCUGCUAGAUCUCUUUCCAUGCUACUCACAGCAACCUGCCUCCAUCUCCACUUGCUUGCUGUGUCUUUUGUGAUACAACUAAACUUCCCUGCACUUGAGUAAAAAAAACAAAAAAAAAACACUGCUGUUACCUGCCCUGCUCGAGCUGCUGACCCUGCUCGCCCUCCUUUGUCCAUCCUAACUGCUUGGCUCUUUUAACUACACUGCAUCUGAUUCCUCCAUCAAACAUCUGCAUUGAGUUGCACCAGCUCUUUGUAAAGUCCUUCCUAAGUUCUGAGUAACGGAGUAACUUUACUAAAUCAAGUGGCACUAUUUAAACUUCAGAAAUGUCCUGGCUAGUUAAGACUUCAGUUAUGUAUAAAUCAGUUGUGUCUGUGAUCUGUAGCAGCGUCCAAUCGAAAACAAAUGUAGGUACGUUUGCUUUAUUCAUAUGUGAAUAAAUGGAGACAUUAGUGAGGAUAAUAGUUGUUAUUAUUCAUGUAGGUAAUGGCCCAGAAAACAGAUUCAAGGCCAAGGUUUGAAGAGUUUUGGGAGCAGGGAGCAUUUAAUCGACUUGUAUGAGUUUGUGUGCUGAGAGCAGCUGCCUGCGAUCUUAUGUAAUCUGGCACUUUUAGGUUCUUCAACCUUGUAAGUUGAAAUAAUGAGCUGCCAAGUGGCAGAGUUAAAAUGGUUAGAAGUGACCCUGCUUUCCCACGUGUCUUUGCUUGAUGCUCAUCACUGUUCACGCCACACCUCCGAUAUUUUCCCUCCUCUGUGUACCUGUUGUUGUAGACCUCACCCUCCCCUCGUCCCUGUCCCCGUUUGAUUACAAAAUGUCACUGAAAACUGCAGUGACCCAACCGUCUGUCUCCGACCGUGGUCCUCUCCUCUCCUCCUGAUCGACAGUUUCAUCUCAGCCAUCUUGUUUUCCUGUUCUUGGUGGCCAAAACAAAACAUGAAACAAAACGAGGAAAUGUAAUAAUCAUUGUUUGGUAACUGUUUUUAGUGCUAUGUUUUUGGAGCGUUACGAGUAUUUUCUAACAUGUUACAAUAAAAGAUUGUAGUGUACAAAUUCACAUUUAUAAAAUAUAUAUAUAGAUAUAUAUGAGAAAUGUAUGUUCUAAUGCAAUAA